AUGCUUCCCUUUCUUUAUCCUUUUCUCAACACCACAGUCCGCGCGCGACCAGCCGUAUCGCGACUGCAGAAAGCCGUGCGCUGUUGUCGAUGGCAGAGCUCAAGUCCCCCAGAAGAACCAGAGUCCGAAUUUUUGCACACCAAUCCCCCGCCCUCGGAUUACUCGCGAUUCAUUUUUCAGGAUAAAUGCCUCGUCACCGUGGUCGCUGGAUCUGGAGGUGAUGGCUGUGUCUCGUUCUUGCGCGAAAAGUAUAUUGAAGAAGGUCCGGCCAACGGAGGUGAUGGUGGCAGCGGUGGGAACAUCUUUAUACAAGCCAUCGACGGCCUUUCCAGUCUACACAAACUGGCGCGACAGGGCGUCAUUCGCGCCGGCCGGGGUAAAAACGGACAAGGGAAAAGCCAAGGAGGCAAAAGGGGUCACGACGUUCUCAUCCAGGUCCCCGUCGGCACCGUCCUUCGCGAGGUGAGCAGAUUUGACCCGGUGGAGGAGAAAGAGCACGAGUAUCGCACUUUAAGAGGGGCAAUGCCCGAGGACCAAGUGGAUGCUGAAGCGGACCCGGCUCAACGGGGUCGCUUCGUGUUAUACCCCGGAUCGAAACCGUCAGACUUUUUGUUGAUGUCAUUCCCUUCGCUUGGUCCGCCGCAAAGACCGAGUAUUGCCGCAUUGGAGCCCGCGGCGCCAAUUCACUUGGACCUGUCAAAAAAUAUGCCCGAGCCGAUUGUCCUCGCUGCAGGCGCUGUGGGAGGGUUUGGGAAUCCUCAUUUUGUGUCGCGCUCUACUCCCAAACCUACAUUUGCUACGAAGGGGGAAAAAGGAAUGACGCUACACUUGGAAUUUGAGCUCAAACUGUUAGCUGAUGUCGGCCUUGUGGGCUUCCCCAAUGCCGGCAAAAGCACGCUGCUGCGUUCUCUCACAAACAGUCGGACACGGGUUGGGAAUUGGGAGUUUACCACGCUGUCACCGAAUAUCGGCACUGUGGUUCUGGAUAACGGAAAAGGCAGGCCGCUUGUUGAGUCGUCUGACAGAGAGAAUCCUCGCACUGGCUUUACUAUCGCAGACAUCCCCGGUCUCGUCGAGGAUGCCCAUUUGGAUCGCGGAUUGGGCCUGGGCUUCCUGCGACACAUUGAACGUGCCGGCAUCCUUGGGUUUGUGGUUGACCUGAGUGCUGGCAACCCGAUCGAGACUUUGCAAAAGCUGUGGCACGAGCUAGGCGAAUACGACAAGAUGCGUGAUAUCAAGCCCGAAAUUCACUCUGAGGACUAUCUUGUUUCCUGGAGUCCCGAACCAGCAGGUCAAACGGAACCGUUUGUCAACGACGCCUCUAGGCCCACGAAGAAGCUGCCACCAUUGGCACUCCCGCCGAUCUAUAGGAAGCCGUGGUUUGUUGUCGCCACAAAGGCCGAUUUGCCAGAGACGCAGGAAAAGUUUAUUGCUCUGCGCGACUACCUCUCGCAAGUGCAGCAAGGCACCGUCCAGCAUCCGAGCGGCCACAAGGACGCCUUUCGAGAGCGCGUGGUGGCUGUUCCAGUUAGCGCUAUCAAAGCAGAGGGCGUCCAGGGCAUUCCAAACCUAGUCAUGACCUUCCUUGAAGACCGUAAAACAGCCUCAUAA